AUGUGGACGGGGAUCGCGCAGUCCUUUAUUGCUUUCUUGCGCCUCUUCUCUCAUUUCAUUAUUCGAGGAUGGACUAUUCUUACUACUAUUGGUCGAUGUUCCGGCGGUGCAGGGUCUAGCACCUCGCGACACUGGAAACGGUUGGUGGUGGUGGAGUCAUACCUUGUCUGGGCACUUUCGCGAGCAUCUCGGAAGAGUUGUGUGUUUCUUGGGUAG